CAGAAAGAUUGACAGCUUGUUGCACGAUUGUGUGAGUCAGCUGUCAGGAAUCUUGACUCAGGAAGACAUGAACGACGCAAUCGGGUGAGCAAUAUAUGUUUACGAGUGUUUUAUUCAAGAAUUAUUUGUCUUUGUCGUGUUUAUCGCAAAAAUCAAGUCUGGAUGAAUGGUGAGAUCAAUUUUGCGAAGGAACAACAGAAAUGCGACAGCGUGGUAAAUGGUAGAGCGUUUGGUUACAUAGUUAUUGCAACCUUGGCAGAAUAGUUAGAUACAAAAAGAAAAAAAAUGCGAGCUGCCUGGGCAACGAUCCUGUAUGCUAUAGCUUUGGCGGUCGCAUCAGUGAAAUGCAGCGAUAUAACUGCAGCAGUUUUCGGAGACGUACUGGAUGGCAUGCCAGCCGCGUUUGGAGAUUUCAAUUCAGAUGAAUUGACGGAUGUGUUUAUGUUGCGAAAGAACGCAACCAUGGUAGAGAUAUUUCUAGCCGCUGAACAAGAACCGCUGUUAAAACCUAGUUCAGAUUUGAGUUGCACGUUCACCCGCAGGGUGGUCAGCGUAGUACCUGGAGAUUUCGAUGGUGAUGUCUUCAUGGACGUGUUGGUGAUUACGUUCGACAAAAGUACGAAAUUGUCGUUCGUUUAUGUGCUUUGGGGUGGUAAUGGAAAACUUAAUUGUACCGAUGAAAAGGAACCACUGGUGAAGAUGAUAGGACAGCCAUUGGCAAUGGACUACAACGGAGACAUGAUCAUAGACCUAUUUGGAAUAAACGAAAAACGAGAAAGAACGUUCUGGAUAUUUGAUCAAAGCAGGAAGCAUCCUAAAAUGGAGCCAAUGCGUUCAUUGAACAAUGAACCGUUUUCACCGAUCGACGAGCCUCAUUCGAACGCCUACUUGGACCUAAACAGGGACUUUUUGGCGGAUCUAGUGGUGACCUCGAAGAAAUCAUUUGAAAUUUGGUUGGGCGUUGCAGGGGGAGGUUUUAUCUUCGAAAACACCAUACCAUUCCCAUACAAUAUUUCGCUGGAGGAUGAGAAAGUCUCUAGCGUGAUUGGUCAGACUCUCUAUCUGGACACAGAGCUAACUGGCAAGAUGGGUCUGCUACUACCGCUGUGUUUUGACAAAGCAUGUACCAAUAGUACGAUCAUGAUGUACUCGGAUCAGUGGCACGAUCUGCGGGUAAACUUUAGGGACAUUAACAACGUGCUCUGGGGAUUCGUGGCACCCGACGGACAGCGAUACACGGAUACAAUCACUUUGCGUGGUGGAGACUUUAACAUGGACGGUUACCCGGACUUGUUGGCCACCCUCCGGUCAACUAGUAGCAAGCAGAAACAGUCGUUCCUCCUAGAAAACGUUGCGUGCGACUCGUGCGUCGGUUUCACUCGAACGUUUCAAGUAAAAUGGCAGGCUUUGAAUCCGUUUUACAACGAAACAACAAUGGCGGUAUUCUAUGACUUCUAUCAGGAUGGUAUUCUCGAUGUGAUCCUAGUGGAGCUAAAUAAAAGCACUGGCACCUACCGCACUGCUGCGUUCAAGAACAGCUUGGAUUAUGAUGCGAAUUUCGUGAAAGUGAUGGUAUUAACCGGUCGCAAUAACAGCAUGUACCCAAUCUCUCCGGGAUCUCUCGGCAAGAAGAAGAGGACGUAUGGCACGAAUCUACCCGGACCCUCGAUAGAGUAUCGAACCACCACUCAAGAUGGUAGUCUUCGAAAUGCGUUUGCUGCCCAGCUGCCACAAAGCGCGCACUUUUCCCUCAACUUACCAUACACGACCUUCGGUCUGGGCAGGACACCAAACUUUGUCGACGGUCUCAAAAUAGGGAUGGGCGGCAUGUCUAGGGAAUGGCCGCAAAUCAUUCCAAACUCGCAGAUGGUCGUCAUACCGAAUCCGAUAGAGGAACCUUCGAAAUGGAAGGCGCAGUUGUUUGUAACCCCAAGCAAACUGAUUCUAUUGAGCGCUGCUGCGUUGACCGGGACUUGCGGCUUGAUUUCGUUCAUAAUCAUGGCCUUGUAUUGGAAGGAGCGAAGGGAGGAUAAGAUCGAGAAGUUACAAGAGGCGCACAGAUUUCCCUUUGAUGCUAUGUAAAUGUGUAAAUGCGAGGGUAGAACUUGUGAAUAAUUUGUUGCUCGCUCUCUCACCCUCAACGAAUGUGUAUAUUUAUUUCAUUUCUCGACGUGUAAGUGUAUCAUAAACGGCAAAUAAGUUGGGUGAUCGAUCGAUCGAUCGAUUGUUAAAUUGAAGUCGCUUGUAGCACGGAUAUGGAAAACGUGUAUCGAUAAACAUGUACUUGAACGCGUGGGGAAACAAGAAGAAAUAGGAAAAUAUACAGGAACGAUACACGCGUGAA